AUGUCAGAUAGAUAUUCGAAGAACCCAUCGACCCGAAAUUCAGAGUCACCAGAUCUUGACCUCUAUGUGAAAGGCACCCCGUUUUAUCUUCACAAAGAAACUUUAGCUAAGAAAUCGGCGAAAGUGACAAGUUUGAUCGAGUGUAACAAGAUCGACGAACUGCGUUGGAUACUCAGAGACAUGGACAUCGACCCGGAAACCUUCUUUCUCGUGGCUAGAUUCUGCUAUGGCUUGAAAAUCCAGUUAUCAUCUGAAAACAUCGUCUCUGUGCUAUGCGUUUCUUAUUACCUAGAGAUGAACGAUGAUCACAGCUCUAAUAACUUGUUGAACAAGGCAUUUACGUUCUUGGAACAACGAGUUCUUAUGAGCUGGAACGAGACCGUGAAAGCUCUUCGCGUCUGCAGCGAUAAGAUUCUGGACAAGAUGACUGAUGUUGGACUCAUUGAAGUCUUCCUAGAUUCUCUUGUCGAAAAGGCUCUCAACGAUCCUGGAUUGCUUGAAGAUCUGAUUACGUUACCUCUUCGGCUAUAUGAAUCUUUGAUCAUCGAAUCUAGUAAGCACAAUGUCUCUAAAGAAAACCUCGUGGCAUCGAUCUGCAAUUACGCGAAAAGAUGGGUUUUCGAAAAUGUCUCGGGAGAUGAAAGCGUUUCAAGACACAAGCGAGAAGUAAUUGAAGCUAUUGAGAGGCUUUUGCCACACCAGAGAGGAGCCAUAUCGUGUGGAUUCUUGUUCGAGUCGCUUAAAGAAUCGAUUUUUCUUGAUGCUUGCUCUGAUUGUCAAAAAGGGUUUGAAGUUAGGAUCAGUAAACAGCUUGACAUGGCUACAGCGAAAGAUCUUCUGGUUCUGUUAUCAAAAGAAGAUGGAUCAUAUGACAUCGAUCUGUUGAGAACGAUUCUCAAGAGCUUUUACAGUAACUAUAAUGUCUCUGAUGUUUCGCGGUUAGUGAGUGUAGCGAGAAUGUUGGAAGAGUUUCUUUUCGAGGCUGCUGCGAGCGAUGCUGGUUUAAGGGUAGAAACGUUUAAGGCGUUAGGAGAAAUGGUGGUUGCUGCGUCUUGCGAUGUGCUGAGAUACUCUGAUGAAGUCUACAGAGCAGUUGAUGUUUUGUUGGAGAGGCACAGAGAUUUGACUGAAUCGGAGAAGAUGGAAGCUUGUAGAGUUCUUGAAUGUAAGAAGCUUUCACCGAAGGCUUGUGAACAUGCUUCAAAGAACGAGAAGCUUCCACUGAGGAUUGUGUUGCAAGUUUUGUUUUUUUCUCAGAACCAGAUUCGUGAUAAGGUGGCUAGAGAAAUGAAAGGUGCAGAGGAGAAAACAGAGGAGGUGGAUGAAGAAGAAGAGAAAGAUGAUGAAAUUGAUGAUAUGAAUAAGAAGUUGUUGAGGCUCGACAUCGAAUCUGAUUACAGCAAGAGAGGAGAAAGAGAGAAUCUUGAAUGUGUUGUUCAUUGCACGAAUAAGAAGGUGGAAGAGAAGAAGAUAAGUGUGUGGAGAGAAGUGAAGAGGAAGUUUGGUUGUAUGACUUCUUUUACUGUGGAUGCUUGCAACUGUCAUAUCAAGAAGAGGAAGAAGACUUAUCAUCGCUACAAAUAA